GGCUUUUCUAAAGGGUCACGUUGCGCUGCCGCAGUAUCACAGGAGACCGUCUCGCAUCCUCCGCACAACGCCCGCCCGCUCUCUGCCCGUUCGGACGCCCGUCAGCAGCCACCAUGACUCACCAGUAUCCCGCACUGACUCCUGAGCAGAAGAAGGAGCUGCAGGACAUCGCUCAGAGGAUAGUAGCUCCAGGAAAAGGCAUCCUCGCAGCCGAUGAGUCCACCGGCAGCAUGGCGAAACGCUUGAACCCCAUUGGGGUUGAGAACACAGAGGAGAACAGGCGUCGCUACCGCCAGCUGCUCUUCACAGCCGACCAGCGCAUCGACAGCUGUAUCGGAGGGGUCAUCUUCUUCCAUGAAACCCUCUACCAGAACACAGACGAUGGCACUCCCUUCUCUAAGCUCAUCAAAGACCGUGGCAUUGUUGUUGGCAUCAAGGUGGACAAAGGUGUUGUGCCCCUCGCUGGAACAAAUGGAGAGACCACCACUCAGGGUCUGGACGGGCUGUCGGAGCGCUGUGCGCAGUACAAGAAGGACGGUGCUGACUUCGCCAAGUGGCGCUGUGUGCUGAAGAUCAGCGACACCACGCCGUCUGAGCUGGCCAUCUUUGAGAAUGCUAAUGUACUGGCACGAUAUGCUAGUAUCUGUCAGCAGAAUGGCAUUGUUCCUAUUGUGGAGCCUGAGAUCCUUCCUGAUGGAGACCAUGACCUGAAACGUUGCCAGUAUGUCACUGAGAAGGUCCUAGCUGCAGUGUACAAGGCUCUGUCAGACCACCAUGUGUACCUGGAAGGGACACUGCUGAAACCCAACAUGGUGACAGCUGGACACUCCUGCACCACCAAGUACAGCAACGAGGAAAUCGCCAUGGCUACUGUCACUGCUCUGCGCCGCACCGUGCCUCCUGCUGUCCCAGGAGUGACCUUCUUGUCAGGUGGCCAGUCCGAAGAGGAGGCCAGCAUGAACCUUAAUGCCAUUAACAACUGUCCGCUCCCCAGGCCCUGGGCCCUGACUUUCUCCUAUGGCCGGGCCCUGCAGGCCUCUGCACUGAACGCAUGGAGAGGAGAGCUGAACAAUGAGAAGGCCGCCACCGAGGAGUUCAUCAAACGCGCUGAGGCAAACGGUCAGGCUGCGCUCGGCAAGUACGACUCUGCUGGAACUGGUGGCGCCGCAGCAAAAUCCCUCUAUGUGGCUAAUCACGCCUACUAAACAUCAAUCUACCACAUACGACCGUGGCCUAGUUAUAGUCUAAUAUUACUCUGCUAUUCCCCCUCACAACUCCAUCAAUCACAGGCCUGUGCUGUCUACUGUACUUUAAAGUUGUCAGUUAUUAAAAUUUCUUAAUUAGAUAUGUGUAUUCAAAAACAUAAUGUGAAACAACAAUACUAAAGGGAACAGAUUUGGGUUUUUUUUCUUUGUCUAUUUGAUCAAACAAACGGUUUUGAGACAAUUUAUGACUGAAUCUGACAACAGUUAUUGGGCUCAGAGAUAGAAGGUAGAUCAAGAUAAUCAGUCAGUACUCAAUUCAUGCCUUUUCUUAACUGCACCUGUCUCCACGCUUUCUGGUGCUUUCUCAAGACUAUCCCCCACCUUAUAAAUCUCGAGCCACUCCCUCGCAGGCCAGAUCGGCUUGCGUGUAUCUGUGUUUUGUAUCUGUCAGAAUGAAGCGUUGGCUUACGCUUAAAACGCUACACUAACACCCUCCCUGACAGUGGGACCAACCGAUGAUUCAGUGGCAUCAGUACGCUAUGGGACAAGAGGAAAAGACAAACAGUGUGUCGAUCUUUAGAGUGGCUGUCCAAAAGUGUGGCGUGCUCGUUGUACUUUCAGACAGCUGUAGCUCCAGCAGAGGUCAGUAGGCACACUAUAACAAACCAUCGCACACCAGGAUUCCUCCUAACCUUUCUGUUCUCUCGCUUCUAAUCACCACUAAUCCGAGGAACAUCUUGUCUUUGUCAUCUUGUCUAUUCUAAGUAUAACAUUAGUUUUAAAUAACAUACAGUAAUUAAUGUAUUCAGUUGUGUGAAGGUGUCAAUAUUAUGUGAUGCUUGUGUGUCAUCCCCCCUCCUGAUUCCCCCAGCCCGCCCCACGGGAAGACGAGAUGGUUUCUAUUGACGUACCCAUAAAGUGGACCAAUUCGUGGGGUUAGCGGGGAAACAGUCACUGCUGUGUUGGGUUACUGUGAUGUUUGUGAUGUAUAUUGUUCUUGAAGCACUUGGUGUGUCAAAUAUUGGAGAAAAAUAAACUAAAAUAAAUAUUAAAAACUA